AAAGUUAACGGAGCAAAAGAAGCUAAGAGACGUAAGUAAGAAGAGGACUCGGAGACCGUAGCACGUACUCUACUAUAGUAACCUUGACGCUACGUUCGGUUCCCGUUGCGCCUAGAACAACGAACUGCUAUGUAGCAAGGUGUGGUGAAGCAUCUAGCACGGCAAUACGACAGGGAAUACUUCCCUUGAGUUCAAAAGAUAUUGUGAACUGCAUCCUUCCUUCGGAAUACCUUUUAAGUGACAGGACGAUGCCUGGACACCUGUUCGUCGAAUGUUUCCUACUUGCUGCAUGCAUUUUAGGUGUUCUGGGACAGAAGUGUUAUGUCUGUAAGGAUCAAGAAGAAAAUACAGGGAAAUGCACCACCACUGUUGAACCUUGUGACUAUGGUGAAGAAUAUUGCCUGUCAGAAAUCAAAUGGGGCAGCACACCAUACUGGGAAAUUGGUGCUCCAAUGCAAUACUUCAUCAGCAAGCGGUGUGCAACCAAAGAUGACUGUGUUCAGACAAUGACAAAGUACAUGCCCAAUUGUUUGCGGAUUUGGUGGAAAGACUGGACGUGUGCAGAAUGCUGUAAAGGUGACCGCUGCAAUUAUUACAUUACGCUUGGAUCAUCAUCACUGAGGUCAAGCCUGGUUCUGGUUGGUGUGGCUGGCAUGUUGUCAGUUAUCAUUCAGAGGAUCAUCUACUGACAAAAUCAGCUCAAGAGUGAUGAAACUGUUUGUUGUAUAUACAGUUUCAUUUAUUUUUCAUAUUCAGCACAAUCACUAAAAGCCAUUGAGAUUUGGAAGUGUUGUAAAUAAGAAUUUACAUUUCAUAUUUUAAUGUGAAUUGACAGUAUUAACCAUGUAUGUGUAUUACCUUACAAAAUCUUUUUACCUUCAGAGUAAAAUUCUAAAUUACAUGUGUGUGUGUGUGUGUGUGUGUGUGUGUGUGUGUGUGUGUGUGUGUGUGUGUCACUUUGUUGAAUAGAUAUAAGCCAAAUCUUAAUCUUAAUAUAUUUAAUGAAACAAAUUGUAAUAUACAUGCUCGAGGUGAGAAUAGAAAAUAGGUUGCAUUUGAGCAAAGCCAAUUUUUAUUUAUUUAUUUAUUUUUAUUAUUAUUAUUAUUAUUAUUAUUAUUAUUAUUUAUUCAUUUUUAUUUAAUUUUAUUUUAAUUUUAUUUUUUAAAUUUGUUUAUUUAUUUAUUUUUUAUGUGGGAGGGACACUAGCCAAAGGCAACAAAAUCCCCCACCCCACCCCCAUCCCCCCAAAAAAAAGGCCCACUGAGAUGCCAGUCCCCAAAUAGGGUCCAAAGCGAUAGUCAAAAAUUGAUUGAUAAGUGUCUUGUAACCUCGCUUUUGAAGGAGUUCAAGUCAUAGGAAGGGGGAAAUACAGAAGUAGGCAGGGAGUUCCAGAGUUUACCAGAGAAAGGGAUGAAUGAUUGAGAAUACUGGUUGACUCUUGUAUUGGAGAGGUGGAGAGAAUAGGGGUGAGAGAAAGAAAAAAAAAGUCUUGUGCAGCGAGGCUGCAAGAGGAGGGGAAGGAUGCAGUUAGCAAGUUCAGAAGAUCAGUUAGCACGAAAAUAGCAGCAGAAGAUAGCAAGAGAUGCAACAUGAGAAAUGAGAAAGAGACUGAAGACAGUCAGUUAGAGGAGAGGAUUUGAUGAAAUUAAAAGCUUUUGAUUCCACCCUGUCUAGAAGAGUGGUAUGAGUGGAACCCCCAUACAUGUGAAGCAUACUCCAUACAUGAAAGGAUAAGGCCUCUGUACAGAGUUAGCAGCUGGAAGGGUGAGACAGACUGGUGGAGAUGUCUCAGAACACCUAACUUCAUAGAUGUAAAUUUCCCACUAUUUUUUUUUUUUUUUUUUUUUUUUUUUUUUUUUUUUUUUUUUUUAUGUGACAUAAAAUCAUUUAUGUAAGUACUAUCCAGAUACUUUAAAUUUGACUGCAACUUGAAACUGCACUCUAAGAUUGACUGCAAGUGGAAUAUCAGGGCAUGGCAUGAACCUUGAAGCUAUGCCACUACAAAUAGUUCACCUAAGUGCCGGGCUAACCACAUAAGUAAGAAAAUCCUACAAGUUUGGUUUGGUUAUAAUAUUAAAGGAAAUAAGAUUUUUUUUUUUUUUUUUUUUUUUUACUUUGUAUAUAAUAUACAAUUUUUGAUGGUUACAGUAUUUAACUAAAACUUGUAGGGGGGAAAAAAGCAACUUUUCCGUCCAUCUCCAUUUUUAAUGCAGGGAAAAAAAUAACUUCCAUCCAUCUCCGUCCAUGUUUGUACCUUUUAAUAAAUUUUAAGCAUUA